AUGUUGGGAAGUUCCAGAGAAGAGAACAAAAUCUUGGAACAGCGUAGUCCUUAUGAGAAGAGGUUGGAGGGUCCACAUAAGGAUACGGAGGAUCUGUGUGGGGACAGUGUUACAAGGAUGGUUCACAUGGGUGCAGACACUGCCACUGGGAUCAUCCUUUUUGUGGCAAUAGAACUUGAGACAAAAGUUUUGGAUACAGUUUCAAAGUCAAUAAGUCCUUUGGACCAGGCUUUGUCCAGAAACUAG